AUGGACGCGGGAGAGAAUUUUGUAAAAAAUGAUGGCUGUCAAGGUAACCUCAAGCAACACCGGCGGCCCCCUUCAGCAGCACCGGCGGCCCCCUUCAGCAGCACCGGCGGCCUCCUUCAGCAGCACCGGCGGCCCCCUUCAGCAGCACCGGCGGCCCUCUUCAGCAGCACCGGCGGCCUCCUUCAGCAGCACCGGCGGCCCCCUUCAGCAGCACCGGCGGCCUCCUUCAGCAGCACCGGCGGCCCCCUUCAGCAGCACCGGCGGCCCCCUUCAGCAGCACCGGCGGCCCCCUUCAGCAGCACCGGCGGCCCCCUUCAGCAGCACCGGCGGCCCCCUUCAGCAGCACCGGCGGCCCCCUUCAGCAGCACCGGCGGCCCCCUUCAGCAGCACCGGCGGCCCCCUUCAGCAGCACCGGCGGCCCCCUUCAGCAGCACCGGCGACCUCCUUCAGCAGCACCGGCGGCCUCCUUCAGCAGCACCGGCGGCCCCCUUCAGCAGCACCGGCGGCCCCCUUCAGCAGCACCGGCGGCCCCCUUCAGCAGCACCGGCGACCUCCUUCAGCAGCACCGGCGGCCUCCUUCAGCAGCACCGGCGGCCCCCUUCAGCAGCACCGGCGGCCCCCUUCAGCAGCACCGGCGGCCCCCUUCAGCAGCACCGGCGGCCCCCUUCAGCAGCACCGGCGGCCCCCUUUAGCAGCACCGGCGGCCCCCUUCAGCAGCACCGGCGGCCCCCUUCAGCAGCACCGGCGACCUCCUUCAGCAGCACCGGCGGCCUCCUUCAGCAGCACCGGCGGCCCCCUUCAGCAGCACCGGCGGCCCCCUUCAGCAGCACUAUCACUGAACAUCGUCGACGUUCUCUAGGACGUCCAAGGAUGCCUUAA